GUCUGUCACGCAAAUAGAGCGUUACGGCAAAACGAACCUGAGAUGGAGACGAGGCGAUGGAGCAGCUCAAGAUGCUGCAGCUGGUUUUAUUACACGCCGGACUUUGGCUCACAGACACGAGUGAGAAUUUUCAGUGCGACAAUGAUUUCACGCUUACAAUCAGCUGCUCCGUCAACCUCACGUCAGCCCACGACGGCCUCCACUGGCUGAAUUUUGACAAAAUGUAUAGCGACGAGACGUACAAAUGCAAUUUGUCAAAUACCGGCGGAGGCCACGGCUCGUGUUCCGUCGCCAUGGAGAGUUCUUGCAAUUUUGUGGAUUUCGACAUGUACAAGAUCACGCUGUGCGGGAACGCGAGCGACGGGGCGAAGAUGUGCCACAUGCUGGACGACAGAUAUUUGCCCAAGGAACACAUUAAGCCCAACGCGCCGUGCUGCCUGGCAGUCAGCCACAACGCCAGCCGACAUCACUUCAUGUGGAAAAACACCUACGAAAAAUGUCGCUUCACCGUCCUGAAGGACAACCUCGAGUAUCAGCUCUGUUUCUACGAUGGGCGAGACAAAGGCGGACUGAGGUUUCACUACACGGACAAAACGGACUAUUCUGUGGAUGACCGCGACCUUGAGAGGAACACGGAAUACACCACCAGGGUCAGGUCCAAGCCCAGCGAGACACACUUUAAGGGCCAAUGGAGUGAUUGGUCACAAGAGGUCCGCUGGAAGACUGACUCGGUCACCGAUUCCCCAGCUGAUGGCUUCCUUUCCAAACAUGGCAAAAAAACCUUCCUGGCUUUAGGUGCGACAGCCACACUGGCCCUGAUUUUGGGCUGCGCUUUGCUAAUAAAGCGGAGGAGAGAUGAAUUCGUUCCCACGCCGGAACCGUACUUCCAGAGCCUGUACGCUAAUUGUCACGGUGACUUUAAGAGCUGGGCGGACACAAAAGGAAACAUGACUAUGACGCUCAAGCCGGAGGACACGCUUAAAGUAGACAGCCACGUGGAGGAGACUCCAGCACGGCACGACGAGAUGACGUACGAAAACGUCCCAAACCAACCAGAGCGUUUGGCGGCACGCGGGCCCGCCAGCAUUCCGCCCUGCUACUGCCCUGAAUACUGCACAAUGAGCGACUUGGAGAAGUCCGCACAAGUUUCCGGAAAUUAAUUUGCAAAGGGUUAAGAAAUUUCCAAUAAUGUAAAAACCAUGUCACCAUAGUGGACCAUUCAUGCAAAAUACAUUUGAAAAAUCAUGACAUUUCAACAGAUUAAAUCUUUUCAGGCAAGAAAAUGCAACUUUACUUUAUAUAAAGUACAUUUCAAGGCAUAUCCAAACAAGAGUUGAAAAACAUUUGAAAGAAAUGAAACAAAAGUAGCUUGCUAAAAUUUACCCACGUGCAGGGGAAGAACAUGACAUGACUAUUACAAUAUAUUUUUGACUGACUGAUGCAUUGGUCUUCAUUUCCUAAAGAUUGCUGUCCCAUUUCUC